AUGACUGGCAGCCGUCCAAGAUCAAGUUUGCAGAGAAGGAAUCGGUGUGCCCAUUUGAGAAGGAGGUGGAAGUCUCGAAGUUGCUCGUCUUCCGUCCUGCUGGUUCGACGAAGGCUCAAGAGCGCCCGCCAGUUAAGCGCCACACGGGACCACUUCGGUCGAUUCUUCGGGUUCGACUGCCUUCCCGCCCGACGCAAGAGAACGCUCCUCAGCCUAAUGCAGAGGAUUCAACUUCGGCUCCGCCUACGGUCCACGCAAGUGGAAGACCUGCAAUCGAUCCGAUUGUUGUGCCUUCCGAGCGUCCUUCACUGA